UUCUAGACAUGCUGAGGACGCUCCGCAACAACGAACCUGAGCUCUGCUCUACCUUCCAUCUGUCAGAGCAACGGUUGCCAUAUCAGUGCAACGUGGAUGUGCGUAAAGAGAGGCUGAAAUGAGCUGAGGUGAACAUUUUUGUUGGAUUUAACAUCAAAUUCGUCCAAUACCAAGAUCUCAUAUUUAACAACCAUGCCCUCCAGCAUGAAGAUACGUGCUGUGCUGCUGUUGGGAUUGUGUGUGUUGUUUCCUGUGGAGCCGGUGACGAGUUCAGCAGCAGAAAACAGCGGCACGAACAUCACUGUUCCACCAGACAUCACAACCACCCAGCGAAAUACUGCAUAUACUUUGCCGCCUACGACCCUGUAUCCAGCAAAAGCUACAGAUGCUGCUGCUCGUGCGACGGAGGCAGCGUUACCCACAACGGACUCUCAGAACGUUGACAGAAACACAAGUAAAAACGAGAGCAGACGGCUUGAUUUGACUAUUGCUGAAGUAGCAGUCAACCAUUCCAAACCUCUCACCCCCACAGAAAAGGCGACGACUGAGGACGUAGAUUCUGCAAAGGUGACAACUGCAACUGCACAAACCUUCCCUGCAGAGCAGACGACGAGCACAAGCAAACCUCUGUCUGUCAAUCAAACAAUCACAGCUGGAAGAGAAGACGAAACUUCUGCUGCAGGGACCACAGCACGUGGUGCAGUGAGAUCUUCCACUGCCAUCUUCACUGCUACAAGUAAAGAACAAAUUUCCCCGUCAAAGACCACAGGCCAUGCACACACCGUUACAGAAGUCACAUCGACUGGAAGUGGACUCCAUCCGUCCACUGCCGUGACGUCAGCGACGAGGGAAGAGCAACCGCUGCACCCUUCAACAACAGCAGAAGCAGUGAAUCAAACAACAGAUCAUCUCCACACGUCUGCCUCCAGUUUUACUAACGCGACUCCUCCUGCAACACGUUCCGCAACUACUUCAGCCUCAUUUGUUUCUACUCAAAAUUCAACAUCCAUUACUGGAUUCAGGUCAGAGGUGCCUUCCACCGCCUCUUUGGAUAACUCUACUCAAAGCACUUCCAACUCCAGCGCUCCCACGACUUCAGUUCCUGCGUCAGAAACCUUUAAGCCCACCAGCACCGAGCUCUCAUCGAAAUCCUCUUCUGUUUCCUCCACCACAAACUUCAACUCCACAUCACCUGAACCAGUUUCCACUUCAACUGAUUAUUCCAACACCACCGCCAACUCUACCAGCCCCGCUGGAGCUCUUAUUCCUCACAUCAUUGGGUCAACAACACGCUCCACUCCAUCAACUACCAAAGCUCCCUGCGAACCGUCGAAGGACUCGUCCAGCAGCGAGGUUCUGCCCUGCUCCAGCAGGGGCGUGGUGAAGCAGUGCCUCAUAAUUAUCGCCGUCUUGGCCCUGGUGGCCACCAUCUUCGUAAUUUCCACCAUUGUCCUUUGCAUCAAGCUGUCAGCAAGAAAAUACAAAGUUAGGAGACCUCAGCAGGACACGGAGAUGAUGUGCAUCUCCUCUCUGCUGCCUGAUAGGAGUCACACCUACACAAGGCAGCGCAAUCCAGUGAGCAACGGAGUCCUGGUUUUCCCUGCGGGAGGAGACAGCGACGAGGAAGGUGGGGAUAAUCUCACUCUCAGCAGCUUCCUGCCGGAAAAUGACCGCUAUGUUUAGCUGGUUUGGUGUCGCCCUGUGAGAUGGAAUGGAUCUGCUUUGGAUCAGCGAUGCAGAAAUUGAGUCAGUUUAUGUGGUAGACACAAAAACCACAAACACUCACCCCUUAAUGCUCAAAGCUGGAUCCCCCUCAUCUGACAUUUGAUCUGAAGGAUGUUGACUUUGAGCAAAACUUGUCAUUUUUGCAUAACUUUACACAUGUUCUCCUCCCUCAUGGGAGAAUUGAAACCAGGAUGCAGAGAACGAUCAAAGCUGCUCUCUUUUUUUUUUCUUUUUUUUUUUUCUUUCAAACAUCCGGACCAAAAACUCUUGUGGAUUUCACUUUGCAACAAGAAACAGGAAGCCUUUGCUUAGUCAAGAAAGAUCUCUUCUUCACCGAGACUGCUCAGUUUUUUGGGAAACUGAAGACUUAACAGUUUAAAAUCGAACUUUAUAGAAGAGAUUUUAUCAUUUAUCUGUGUGUAGGAGCACACUUUUUGAACUGCAAUAAUUGUUUUUAUUAAAUGUUAUAUGCACGGCAUAUAAAAAGUCGACACACCUACUGACAUGACAGGGUUUUUUGUAACCAAUGUCACUUCCAGUUAUUUCAGAACCAUGCUUGAUUGAAAAAUCUGAAAUAUUUUAAAGCGCUUUGAGAGGCGGUUUUAAAAACUAAAGUAAUGUGGCUGCAUGUUAUCUGAUCUGAUUCAGGUCUGAGCACUGACUGGACCCAUUCAAAACUUUAUUCUUCUUCCAGUUACAGUACAAUGAUCAUUUUCAUAAAAAAACAGCUUUUUUGUGCACCACUCUUAGUUUUAACAGAUUCCCCCUCCUGAGUGCUGCAUCUCUUUCCUGACUGGUCAGUUUUGCAGGUUUUGGGAUUUGUUAGGAGUUCCUAACUCCUAUUUAUUGCUGAUAACAAAAUACAUUUCUACAAUUCAUGCCUUAUAACACAAAAGGCACAUGGUAACAAGUAGAUAUUUUGUGGCAUCAUGUGUUGUUCAUUAAACCAGGGACAAAUAUCUGAAAUGGCUAUAGUUAAUGCUAACAACAGAGUGUAUUGAAGCCACAUUAUCUGAUUUAUUAUUCAUCCCCAUUUGAAAAAUAUGUUUGUUAUUUUAGCUAAUUUGCACAGAGAAAAUAUUCAAUGAAAAGUUGUGAAAUUAUUCAUCUUGGUGCAAGUUUUAUGUGUCAUAUUUUAAUCUGGGUGUGUAGACUUUUUAUAUCCACUAUAUAAUACUCUGCUCAAAGUGGCUUUUUCCUUGUCGGGUUGCAGGAUUUCCUAUUUAUUUUUUUGGCAGCUUUGAGAAAAACGUUUGCAUGCGUUUUUUGGAAGAAAGCAUAAAAAGGUCUAGAGAGUGCAGGCAUGGUUGACAGUGAAGGGGCCCAAGCUAAGUUUUAGUUGUUCAUUUCUUGGAAAUUGUAGACUUAAAAAUAUGCAUAUAUUUGUUUUUGUUAUUUCUGCAAAACGUUUUAAGUUUUGUUGUCUCCAUGUUGUUUUGUAAUGAUACCCUUAUAAAAAGCCCAGUCCACUCAGACUGGUAAAUAAUGAUACUGUUUUUGUACAGGUGCUUUCCUCAAAGAUUAAUCUGUAAUUGAUGAGUAACGUGAGGAUAGAGAGUCGUACUACUGAAGUCAACUGCAGGAAAUUGAGGAUGAAUCAAAGUCAUUUUGACCUUUUCAUGCACAAAAUCAAAAAUCACAAUUUUGUGUCAUGAACUCAGACUUAAUAUUUGUUUUCUUGUCUAAUGUUAAACACAAUCUGUUUAUUGUUUAAAACUGGAAAAAUCAGAAAUCUCUUCAGGAAAGGAAAUGAUAAUUGGUCAAAUUCAUAGAACUUUAGCUCCCUUUUCUCUGCAGCUGAGCUGAGUAAGUAGAUUAAUAAUGUCUGUAGAAAACAGCGUCUUCCAUCAUUAAAUGUGUUUUUGUGUCCUUCUUUUGUAACUUCUCUUUACGGCUCUCUAAAUGGCAGUCAUAAUAAAACUGGAUCUUCUCUAAA